AUGAGCUUGCUGCACAGCGAGGGCGGCUGCGGGGCCCGCGAGGCGGAGAGCGGCUGCUGCGCCGCCAUGGCCAGCGCCUGCAGCGCCGCCGGCAAGGAGGAGAGCGGCAGCGGCGGCAGCAGCGCCGGCAGCGCGCCCGCCUCCUUCUCCGACGAGACGCAGGGCUACGACGUGGAGUUCGACCCGCCCCUGGAAAGCAAAUAUGAGUGCCCCAUCUGCUUGAUGGCUCUGCGGGAAGCGGUGCAGACGCCGUGCGGCCACCGUUUCUGCAAAGCGUGCAUUGUCAAGUCCAUAAGAGAUGCAGGUCACAAAUGUCCUGUAGACAAUGAAAUUCUGCUUGAAAAUCAACUUUUUCCUGACAACUUCGCCAAACGGGAAAUCCUUUCAUUAACGGUCAAAUGUCCCAACAAGGGCUGCAGCAUGAAGAUGGAGCUCAGGCACUUAGAGGACCACCAGCUGCAAUGUGAUUUUUCCACUGUGGAAUGCCUACAGUGCCAAGGAACCUUCCCGAAGAACCGACUGAAGGAGCACAUGACCCAAGAGUGUCCGAGGCGUCAAGUGUGUUGCCCAAACUGUGCCACGUCCAUGGCCUAUGAAGAUAAAGAGCUUCAUGACCAAACCUGUCCACUUGCCAAUAUAUAUUGUGAAUAUUGCAACACAGUGCUCAUCAGGGAGCAGAUGCCUAACCAUUAUAACAAUGAUUGUCCUACUGCCCCAGUGCCAUGUUUUUACAGUGCCUUUGGGUGUCCUGAAAAGAUGCAAAGGAAUGAACUGGCACGGCAUAUGCAGGAGUUCACUCAGGUUCACAUGAGGAUGAUGGCUCAGAGCUUUCAGAAUAUCAGUGUUACUGCUGCAAAUCCUGUGCCCUUCAUCAAUGGCCUACCCUUUGAGCCCCUCUUCUCACACAUGUCACAUGCUGCAUACAACUGCAAUCCAGAAGUUGAAAACUUCAAGGAAACUAUUCAGCAGUUGGAAGGUCGUCUGGUGAGACAAGAUCACCAAAUCAGGGAACUCAUUGCUAAAAUGGAGACUCAGAACACUCACGUGGCAGAACUCAAACGCACUAUACGAAAUUUGGAGGGAAAGAUUACUGAAAUGGAGGCACAACAAUGUAAUGGUAUUUAUAUCUGGAAGAUUGAGAACUUCAGUGAACAUCAGAAAGCCCAGGAAGAAGAGAGACCUGUAGUGCUGCACAGUCCUGGCUUCUAUACAGGGAAGCCUGGCUACAAGCUGUGCUUGCGCCUGCAUAUCCAGUUACCGACUGCUCAGCGCUGUGCUAAUUAUAUCUCUCUGUUUGUGCACACUAUGCAAGGGGAAUAUGACAGCCACCUGCCCUGGCCUUUCCAAGGCACCAUCCGACUUUCUAUUUUGGAUCAAUCAGAAGGCCCAGAAAGGCAGAACCACGAAGAGGUGAUGGAAACCAAGCCAGAGCUACUGGCCUUCCAGAGACCGACAAUCCACCGCAAUCCCAAAGGUUUUGGUUAUGUGACUUUCAUGCACCUGGAGACCUUGAAGCAGAGAAGCUUCAUCAAGGACGACACGGUGCUGGUGCGCUGCGAGGUGCUCACGCGCCUGGACUUGAGCAGUGUCCGCAGGGAAGGCUUCCAGCCCCGCACCACUGACGGGGCCAUGUAGCCUGCAAAGCUUAACCACAGCAACGGAGCCUUGCUCGUGUUUAUCCACGUGGAUCACUAAAGAGCUUCAGUGUCCACAAAGGCUGGGUUUGUACAAGAUCAUAGUUGCCAGCGGAACUUUGUUGUUGCUGGUGUAUUUUUCUCUAUAUGGGUUCAUACGUUUAAAUAUUUGGUAAGGUUCUCUCUUAAAAUAAUAAGCUACUUCUGUAGCAAGCUAAAUAAAUGAAGUGUUAAUCAAAACUUAACUGCCCACAGGGAAAUCCUAUUGCAGAACCUGUGCAUCUCAGCUUGGUAAAACUUUAGUCAUAUCGAAUAGACCUGUAAGUCUUUUCACCUCAGUGCCUUGGAAUAGAUGCUGUUGCAAGGAAGGAACAAAAUUAUUAAAGAUGAGGGAUUUUUUCUUUUUCUUUUCUUUUGUUUUGUUUUGUUUCACAGAGCUUGGAAAAGUUGAGCGAGUUUCUAUAUUGACUUAUCUAGAAUUUUGAAUUGGCUAUGUGUCUCCUGAAGUUUGAAGUUAGGGUUAAGACUUUGUUAUGUCACCAAGGGUUCAGGGAUGCUUUGACCCUUUCCUCCUUCAGGAAGUUGCAUGUUGAUGCAGAGUUGAUGUUGGUAUUUCCAAAAGAUACGAGGUAGUGUUGUGGAGAAGGCUAAAUGACUCUGAGCUGAGUUCACUGAAGAAAUAUUUGUAAUGUGGUCUGAAGGUGCCUCCCUAAUUCUCUUUAUUUUGAUAAAUCUUUCUAGAAGUGUUUGCUCUAGACCCAGAAUGUCAACCACAAUCAUCAAGAGAUAUGAAAGUUUAGCAUUUGAAUGAAAUCCCUUUGUGCUGGUGGAAUCUCCUAGUGCUGGACAUGUUUCAAGUUGUGAGUGCACACAUGAGCAAAGGGAUGAACAGAGAGGGUGAUGCAGAAUUUGUUUCACUGUUGAAACCUGAAUUUGUACCAAAGCUGAACUUGGGACUUGCAUUUCUUCAAGUGAUCUCUUGGUGUUGUGGGUAAUGUACCCAAGUCAUUCAUGUACCCAAUGUGAAUUCUCUGUGGGCAGCUUGCCAUAUCAGCAUCCAACUGCUGUGGGUAUCUCCUGUCCCUUUAGACAAUAGGAGCUGGGCCAACUCAGUAAUUGGGAUGGUAAGGAAAGCCUGUUAAUUCAGCAGUGUGAGGAAAAAUUAUAAUCCUCUUUGCUUUUAGGAAGAAAAUCUGGCUUUCGUAGUUACUUAUUUAUCAAACACUAGAUUCACUGUCAAAGAGGUUCCUAAUGCUGUGUGUAUUAUUGUUUUCUGUGCUGAUUAUAUGCCAUGUAAAUGUUAGUUUUGACCAGUCAAAGCUGAGUAGUUCAAGUUCACUGGUGCUAAAAAUUUUAACUUUCAUGGUGCUGAUAAAGUCCUGAAUCUUGUCUUUAAAAUGAGGGAAGAAAAAAGUUUUGUUUAGCCCAUAACCUAAGUACAUAUCUAGAUACUGAAGAAAGAACUAAAGAUGCAUGAGCUUAUGUGUAUUAUUUAUCCAAGCUAGUGGAACAACCUAAAGGCUGGAGACAUUGCAGCUUAAGAGAGACUGAAAAGUGUUCCAACUGUUUGGCAUCAUCAAAGCAAUACCAGUGGGGAAAGGGUGCAUUGCUUAAUAUAAAAGAGUAAAGAAAGACUACUAUACUUUAGUGGUUUGGGAGGAUACUCUGCCUGCCUGCAUGAGAGGUAAAAGUUCCAGGACCCAACCUACCACUUUGUUCAUCAAAUCCAGAUGAGUAAAAUUUCUUCUGCUAGUAGAACCUAUUAGAUGGAAGAGGGAUUGUGUUCAAUGGAGUAUUGUCACUACUGAAACAUGAACUUCCUGGCUCAUGGUAAUUGCAGUUAGUUGUUGGUGACUUUAGUUGAUUCUCUAUCAUUAGGGGACAGGUAAGCAUAUGUUACUCAAAAUAGGGAAAGAGCUCAGGUUUCAAACCAAAGUAGAUUUUAUUAUGAAUAGCCUCAUCCUAUCAGCUGAAUUGUUCUGGAGUGUCUUCAGUUGGAGCACUCCCAGUAAAGCCAUUCUUAACCAAGAGCUGUCAAUGUCCAUGGCAGUGCACAGAGGUGCUCUGCACACAAGGCACUGUACACAGGUUCUCCAUUUUCAGGCUGUGCUACCUAUCUGUGUUUUUUCAAGAUGCUCUAAAGCUGCCAUUCUCUUUUGUUUCUCUUCUUGUUUUUGGGGGGGCAGGAGGGAAGGGAGGGGGAGGCAGAAAAAACACUCGCACUUUGAGAGCUUCUUCCUACUCCAGGUCCUUCCUCUACCCUAGAAAUAAGAAAAAUGUCCUUAUUCUCUGUUCAAAUCAUUUAUACCCAAGGCCCACUAAAUGCAUUAACACUUUCUUUGCUUUUGAAGAUUUGAGUUUUGAAUGAAUUUUUGCUUCGAGCCUUAUCUGCUAGAUCUGAUGUACUUCUGCCUCUGAGGAGGAAACUCCCUGUGGUGGCAGGAUUUAAAUUCAGGUUAAAGUUGUACAAUAGCAUAAGCCAAUAGGGAAUAGAAGGCUACUGCAUGUGUAAUUCUGUACUAGCCACAGUAAUAUGGAUUCUUUAUUGACUGCUGCUAUUCUAUUGGUUUUGUAUUUUUAUACUACCAACUAGAACUCUGAGUGAUGACAAAUUACUGUAAUAUCAGAGUAUUACAUGGGAGACUGUCAGAGAUAAUUUUCUAAGUAUCAGUUAAAUCUUACUGUCAUAAAAAGAUUAUAAAUGUUUAUGAAAUAUUUAUUCAUAUACUUGUUCCAUUCUCCUCUUUCCCCUUUCUUCAAAUCUUCUUUUGAGAACUUGUUUUUCCAUGGUGGACUGAGGUGUAAUUGCUAGAACUAUUUAAAUGGAAGGAGAAAGGUCUGCAGCAUUGAGUUGUCUCUCAAUCAGAGAAAUAUUUGAUGAACCCAUGUCCUGCGUAAUUUGUUCAGCAGUGGGGUUUCAUUCUGUAAAUCAAUGCUUUGCAGCAUUACUAGAUCUCAAGGUGGUUUAAAAAGUGGCUUAGCUUCUUUUAUCUUCCGAAUUUCUGUUGUCUUUAACAUGGUUUAAGUCACCAACUCUUAGUACGUGUAUUUGCAAAGCUGCUAUGGCACAAAUUUUCCAAUUAUAAUAUAUUAUGAACGUGUUAUCUCUUUGCCUCUGAAUGUCUUCCCCUGCAGGGCAGGGAAAAUUAUUUUGUUAGAAAUGUUGGUAUGUAAUGUAUAUGUGGGAGCUCAGAUAAUGUGAGAUGUAUAGAGUUGUUUUUUAAGCAGUCUUAUGAUGUGUUAGGUCAUGUUUGCUAUCAAGGGAUUAAACUCGUUAAUGAAAUCAAAUCAGGGCGACCUUUCUGUUGUUGUUUAGAGAUGGCAGCAGACCAGAUACAUUGAUGAGGGAUACAAAAGAUUAUUCUGUGUCAAUGUUAAAGGUUUGUAUUGGUUUGCAUUUGAACAAAAUGAAAGUACUUCUGUUCCCCUGGAUGAAUUGAUUUAUAGUUUAAUAUAUUUUGUAAUUAAUGCACACCUUUAUUUCUGACAGAACUUUAAAAAAUAAACUAAUUAAACUGUGCACUGCAUGUUGCAUCUUUAUUCACAUAGAGGGCUGUUCAGAAAUAUUAACUGGUACAGAACUGCUCCGGUAGUUUCUCUGUCUUGGGGGUUUUAGAGAUGGGUGAAAAGGAAUAUAUUUCAUGAUAAAAACCUUCUGGCAUUUAUAAUGAGUAUUGAUAGUUUUAUUCAUUACUAGAAGAUACAGCUCAUGUAAUAGAUAAUAAAAUAAAUGUUCUCAUAAUCAUCCUGUAAUUUAAGAUGAAACUCUCAAAAAAGCUGCACACUCUCACCUCUCUGGCCAUAUCUGCUUGCUUGUUUUAUUUGUCAUAAAAGCAACUAUGAGCUGAAACUUUGUUGCAAGAGACUGAGAUCAAAAACUAGAGGGAAUUCCUCUGUCAGUAAGAGAAGUACAGACAGUCUUUACUGAAAUAUCUCAUUUAUCUCAGUCUGGAUCUGUUUUUAAUAGCAUCUGCAGGAAGGUAUAUUCAAAAUCUUAAGAUUCUUCUGAGUAACGUUAUUGGUAUUGCAGCAAUGUGCUGUUAAUGUCAAGUUAAUUAUGACUUUGUCUUUCAUCCAGGUUGGUCCUAAUAGCUUCCAUCAGUAAUGGAUAGGAAGGCUUGCUCAGACAUUGGUUAUCUGUUGUGUUAAUCCGUUUUUAGUGUUCCAUAUUUUAGGUGCACUAAAAUCUUCAUUUGAUGAGAUGCAGUAAUAAUAACCUUUUUUUUAAGCAGGAAAAGCUGGCAUUUGCAGCUGCCCCAGGAAUGGAAAGUCCAUGUGCAGAAGCAGAAGUGCAGCAAUACAGGAGCAUGUUCUCACCUGUGUAAGUACAAAUGUACGUGUACCUGUACAUUUCUGAAAAAAAAUGGCUGAACUAGAGAUGGACCAGGAUAUUCUGACUGGAUAUUUUCCUGAACAAAUACCAGUUCAUUGCAGUAACUUCACAACAAGAGUGUGUUUUAGCUAAAAUCUUUAACUAGUGCCAAACCAGUUGCUUUGCUACCUUACUCAUCCCCAAAAAGCAGGAGCCCAACACUCCAGCUGUUCUGGCAAGAAAGAGAAACUCCCUGUGCCAUUCCUUACUACACUGUGCUAAACUUCAGCUCUUCUGUGCUGUCACUCAUUUAGGAACUAUGACUUACUGAAUCUAUUCCAAGACAGCAUUUACAGAAGUCAACAAAACUUCCUGAAUUAGCCCUGAAAAAGGUCAAGUGUAGUAUUGGCAUAUGCAGCAGAUAGAAAGCAAUACAAGGGGAGGUUAUUGGACCAAAAAUGGUGCAGAGGGAAUCUAAGGGCUGUCUGGAUGAAAUGAGUAAGAGGGCUGAUGAAUUCUGCCUAUUACUCAUCUGGGAUUAAAAAAAACAAAAACCAAAAACCUCAUACCACUGAAAUAGGAAAUUUUUAUGCUAGCACAAAAACUUAACCAGAGGAAGCAUUCCCCUGGCACUGGUCUCACCCUCAUCAUUUACCACCACUGAGACUUUGCCCACUCCAUCUGGAAGGGAGAGUUUCGCCAGCCGGACUGAGUCAAUCCUUGUGCCAUCACCACCUUCACAGGACCUGACAGUCUUAGUGACCUUGAAGUACCAAAUGUAAGGAGCUGUGGCCUUCAGGUCUUCUUCCUUUACUGGUUUUAAGUUAUUACAAUUAAAUCUAACCACCUUGAUAAAUAUAAGUCUGAGCACACAGGCAGAUACGUGCUUAAGUUAUUUUAAGCUUGUCAGGGCUCAGAAUGGGUGAAGAGCUCACACUAGUCUGUAGCCCUUUCCAGUUUGCAACAGCGUUAAAAAAGCCAACCCCCAGCCAGAGCUGUCCUUGUUUCUCCUGUCCUCUGUUUUUUUCAUUUCUUCUUGUCUGCACAAAAGCAGAAAGAUUCUGAAAUGUGGUCAUAUCUUGAGUCCCUCCUCACCCAGGUAUUAUCCCAAGUGGACCUGUUGCCACCACUUCUCAACACUUUCAAAAGACUGCAAUUCUUUCUAUUUAAAAAAAAAAAAAAACAACCUGUAAAAAAAAUUUACCUUGCUAGUGCAUGCUGAAUGCAGAGCAAAUAAAGACUGAGCUACAGCAUAGUGAAAAUAAUCUUCCUGCUCAAAUGCUGGGGCCUUGCUUCCCUGACUGCUCUUCUGGUGAUCAUGUUUUUUGAACGUUUGCUCCACUGAAACAACCACUUGCAUUUCACAGCUCUGAAAGCUGCAUUUUGGCUGGGGGUUUUCCUGUUCCAUGGAAUAGGAAACUGUGUGCAAGGAGGAGAUUGUGCAAUAGGAAAAUAAUUUCUUUAUUAGCUACAGUCCCAGCCUCAACUAAUGAGCCUUCUUUUCCUUUUGGUUUGUGCUCUGAGUGAUCUCUGAGGCCAUGCAGCCCGAGUGUUCCCAAGCUCAGUGAUUUCACACUGCUCCUUUGUUGCCUCCAGGAGCUGGCUGCUCUGCCACAUCAGGGGGUGGUUAUUGCAGCCAGUCACCUGCUGAUGAAGCAGGGGAAAAGCUCUGGUCUACCCCUGGUCCUGGAGAUUCCAGCUGAGAGUUUCUCACUGAGCUACCAGGUUUGACUUGACUUGGCCAGACUUGACAGGUGUUGGCUUGGGGCAGAAUGGAUUCAUAGGCCAUGGCUUUUGUCCAGAGACUUAUCCCACUCAGCAGUGAAGGAAACAUACAUAGAGCAGUGUUUUAACAGUUUGGUACUGACAGUUUUGAAAAAAAACCCUCCAUUCUCUUAGCUGAUUAGAAGCAGGACAGAUAUCUUUCUAGCCCUGUGAUAAACUGUCCAAAAAUGUGAGGUUUCAGUUUCUUAGUCCUCUCAGACAGAACCUGAUUUCCAUGAAACUCAGCUGAUAAUUGACACACUGGAGGGGGCGGGGGAGAAAGGCAACAACACAAACCUUUCCUUGUCUCACCUGAUGUGCAGAGUCCUGACUCCUGCUACAGAUCAGUAACUUGCUGGUUUCCCCUUCAGCAGCAGCUGCUCCUCUCUCUGCGUGCUCGCACAGCAGGUGUCAGGUGAAGGUGUGAAGUCCAGGAGUUAAAUCCUACAAUAGUAUGCUUGAGUUAGCACCUGUAUUUCCAUUCUGGUAUUCCUGACUUCAUGGACUUGUUUCUCUCCAAGAUUUAAUUUUGUUUCUGUUGCUGCCUUUAAUAAAGAAAUAGUUUCAGCCAGGUAUGACUUUGGCCUUUGCUAACAGUGUUAAGGAGCGAAGGUACUGCCAGGGAAAAGUGACACAUACAAGUGUUCCUAGUUUCACUAUCACACCCAGAUGUGAUAAACUUCACAGUGUGGAGUUCAGACUUGCCUAAGCAAGUGCCUCCAGUGUGAUUCACCUUCUAGAAACAACUCCCUGAGCUUGAGUUUCUUCAUGCAAAAGUCCUUUACAUGGGCAUGUGCCUGUACUCAUCCUUCUAGUUAAAAUGCAGGGACUGAAUAUUUUAAAUUCAUCUUGGUGAUAUGUACAGUGUGUGCUUUUGGAUCUUCUGGGAAUGGAAGGGAUUUAGACUUUAUAUAGGUAGAAAUAAAAUUGU